AUGUCGCUGCUUUUUGAAUGGGCUUUCGGCAAGAAGCUUACGCCUCAAGAGCGUCUUCGAAAAAACCAGCGGGCACUCGAGAAAACUCAGCGAGAGUUGGCCCGUGAAACUACGAAGUUACAAGCUCAAGAGAAGAAAUUAAUGAGCGACAUCAAGAAGUCAGCCAAACAGGGCCAGAUCGCUAGUGCAAAGAUUCAGGCUAAAGACCUUGUCAGAACUAAGAACUACAUCGUCAAGUUUAACCUGAUGAAGGCGCAAUUGCAGGCCAUUCUGUUGAGAAUUCAGAGUGUAAGAAGUAAUACACAGAUGGCCACCUCCAUGCGAGAUGCAACCCGGUUGUUGCUGGGCAUGAACCGACUGAUGAAUCUCCCGCAAUUGUCGAGAAUAGCACAGGAAUUUGCGCGUGAGAACGACAUGAUGGACCAGAAGCAGGAAUUCAUGGAUGAAGCUAUCGACGAUGCCAUGGCCAUGGAUGAGGAUGAAUUGGGCGAGGACGAACAGGUGGACGAGAUCUUAACUAAGGUGUUGGAUGAGAUUGGAGUGGAUUUGAACACUAGCUUGAAGGAUACGCCAAGUCAAAUCAAUGUGGAAGAGACAAGAAAUGCCCCAGUUGCCCAAGCAAUUGGAGCCAAUGAAGAGGAUGAUUUGCAAGCACGGUUGGAUAGCUUGAAGAGGUCGUAA